AUGAAUAUUCCAUUGCUAGAAGCCUUACAAGAAAUGUCUGAUUAUGCUAAAUUUAUGAAGGACUUGGUUACAAAGAAGCGAUUCAUGGAUUUUGAAACAAUUGAGGUAACCUACAAUUGUAGUGCUAUAAUGUCUAGCACAAUGGUGGUAAAGAAAGAAGAUCCGGGUGUAUUUCAUAUUCCUUGCACAAUCGGAGUCUACAAAUUCAGAAAAGCAUUGUGUGAUCUUGGUGAAAGUAUUAAUUUAAUGCCAUUUCCUAUGUUUAAAAAGUUAGGCUUGGGUGCUCCUAAGCCUAACACUAUGAGGCUUCUAAUGGAUGAUCGUUCAAUCAAAAAUCUCGUGGGUGUUUUGUAUGAUAUUUUUGUGAAAGUUGACUAG